AUGGAGGCAAAGGAUGUACAUACUUAUUGUAUAAGAAAUGUAGAAGAUGGGCAGACUAGUUUCUGUUGUCUAACUCUGGAUGAAAAAGUCAUCUGCACAAGUCAGCACAGUUUAUCAUUGAAAUCUAAGGCAACAUCAGGAGGGGAUGACUGCAACAUUGCUGUACCGCUGAUGUUAUUGACAGUAUGGAAAACAGCUGGUGUCACUGUUUCGCCCGCUAGCCGUGACCUCAAGUGCAAACUCAAUGGAGAAGACAUUGAAGCAGAAGCACACUUCAUUCCAGGCAGUCACAUUGAAGUGGGAGACAAAGUCUUUGAGUUACUGGAUGGGGCUUUAAGCAAACAUCAGAGGCGUCACUUGCCCCCAACUCCAGGGGUUCCUAUUCUUCCAACUCCACCACCUAAACCUCAGCGUGUCAGUGUGGCACUAGCUGGCAGUAAUGAGGGCAGUGGUCGUGAUGUUUUGAGAGAGUGGUGUCUCAUACAGCUGCCCAACUCUGAGCAUGAGUUGCUGCAGCAAACAAAGGAUCCAGUCCAGCUGGCAAAUCUGGCUUCCAGCUACCUCACCAGGCACAUCCUACUGCACACAGACGUGGUCUUGUCUGCAGAACUCACUGACAGCAUAUUUAAGAUGAUGCAGGAUCCGCGGUACCUAGUUCUACUGUGUUUGCAACUGCUGAGAGCGUUGAGUCACGUGCCAGGUAAUGUGAUCACCAUGGUCGGCAGCAACACACCGGCUGCAGUACUGGGGAGUAUGGCCGCGUACAAAGAUGAUGACAAAAUUCAGAACAACUGUCUGGACAUCCUAGCCAAACUGGCAACAUUCUUGCCUUCUGUGUUGGAGAAGCCUCCUUUGAGGGAAUCCAGUAUUGAUCUGGUAGCCAUGGCCUUGACAUUACAUGUGAAAAACAUGACAGUUGUUCAGGCUGGAAUUAGAACCUUGGCUAAUCUGGCAUCUUCGCUUCAUUUGCUGGCUUUUGCAUCUAUGAGAGUGGGUUUGUUCUCCUCGUUCUCCCUGUUUGUACAAAAUGCACUAGGAAGCUUUUGUAAUGACCUCACUGUGAAAACAGAUGGGCGACGAUUUUUAUUUGAAUAUGCCAAAAUGGACCAGCUAAAAAGCCAGCAUAAGUUGUGGAGUCUUGCUAGUGAUUCUCUGUUGAGAAAGGCUAAAAACACACUUGAGAACUGCAAAGGCAGCAUCUCUGAAAACGAUGAAGAAUGUGACAACACUGAAUCAGAUGGCAAUGAGACUUCGGGAAUAUUGAAAAAGUCUCGCUCUUUUGAAAAUCUGCGCAAUCCUAACCGACGUGUAUCUUUUGUAAAUGAAGAUGACGUACCAAGCUCGCCAACUUCAUCCUCAUCAGGCGCCUCUUCCCCUACCAGUUCACCAGGUGAUUCUGAACUGGGAAGCAGUCCAGACAUUCAGGUGUUGUCACAUUCCAGGAUUUAUCCUGUUGCUGUGGGAACAGAGAGCACCAAUGUUCUGAGCUCCUCAGAGGAAAUUAGAAUUUCAUCUGGAACUACUGUUGCUGCUGAACACUUGAACAGUCAUUCUCAAGGUCAUAUAAUUGCAGACGUGACCUUGGUUCAGGAAAGUAAUAAUGAAAAUAACGUAAGCCUAUCAGAAAGCAGACUUUCCUCGGAUGACCUUCAGAACAAUACAAAAAGUGAAUCCAGCAAAGCUGACGAGAAUUCAGGACAUUUAUCUGUCUUUCAUAGACCCCGUUCGUUUAUUCCUGUUGAUCUCACCAACUUUCGUUACUCGGCUGCAGAUGUCAUUUACAUGAAAAGACUCAUGAGUCUGCAGGUGACCUGUCAUGUUUGCUCAGCAUCCGUUCAAGGCUCUGACCCACCAGCCCUGAGGUUGAUUGACAUGCCAUUGAGUCAGCUCUUAAGUCGACCUGGCAUUCCUAAUGCCUUGUGGCAGUUUGCUGACAGCCAGUUUGAGGAGAAGGCUAGUCUGAUGGAUGUGGAUCCAGGAACAGUCAUCAGUAUCAUUGAUGCUGUCAGAUACAAAAUGCUCAUGUUUGAUCUAGUCAAGAAGAGUCUGCUUAUGCUGAUAGAUAAUUUCUCACCCAAAGUCCACACCAGGAUGUUUGAAGUCACAAGGGAAGUAAUUGAGAGUGUUUUAGCAGACGCUGCAUUGCAAGCACUUACCACAGAUGUGGAGUUUGUGACCAGUCUAGUUCAGCAGUUGGAAAAUGUUCGACAAGCCUUUCAUGAUCCUCAUCCUGUGGCAUCAUUGGCUGAAAGCAUCAAACUCCUGCUUGUAUCUAAGGAAAGACCCCAGGAGAACCAACAAAACUGA